AGGCUCGUCUGCUGUCAGGGGCAGCCAAUCCCAAGGCUCUGUGGGGCCAGGCAAGGUCGGUGCCGCGGUCCAAAGGAACCCGCGUAUGGAGACCUCGGCGGCGAUUCUCUGUGACCGCGUGUCUGCUACCCACUGCCCAGUGUGGUUUUCCGGAGGGAAGCUCUUCUUCCUGCUUUAUUUCUACCUUUGACCUAUCUUUCUGGGAGUUUCCCUUAACACACCCAAACUAAAAGUCCAGACUGAAGAGAGCAAGUCCCAGAAAAAGGUCAAGAUGGGGUUUAUAUUUUCAAAAUCUAUGAAUGAAAACAUGAAAAAUCAACAAGAGUUCAUGCUUAUGAAUGCUCGACUUCAGCUGGAAAGGCAACUAAUGAUGCAGAAUGAAAUGAGGGAAAGACAAAUGGCCAUGCAGAUUGCUUGGUCUCGGGAAUUCCUCAAAUAUUUUGGAACGUUUUUUGGCAUUACAGCCAUCUCUUUAACAGCUGGAGCAAUAAAAAGUAAAAAGCCAGCCUUCCUCUUCCCUAUUGUUCCAUUAAGCUUUAUUUUCACCUACCAGUAUGACUUGGGCUAUGGAACCCUUCUACAAAGAAUGAAAAGUGAAGCUGAGGACAUACUAGAAACAGAAAAGAGUAAGUUGCAGCUGCCAAGAGGAAUGAUCACUUUUGAAAGCCUUGAAAAAGCCAGAAGGGAGCAGAGUAAAUUCUUCAUAGACAAAUGAAAUCAUGUUUACUCACCAAAUCUCUAAGCACAAAAUGAUUGGCUUGAAUCAUGGUUUUUAUAAUUUUUUAAUGCUCAAAAUUUUGAUAUAAUGGUUUUUAUUUUAAAAUAUUAAAAUGCAAGAUGAGUUUUGUUGAGCUAUUUUAAAACAAAAUUUGUAACAUUCAACACAAAAUCAUGGAGGUACUCUAAAUAACUUUCAUAUUUCCUACAUAUGUGUGAUUAUAAAUACCUAAGUGUAAAAUUAAUAAAUUAUGUUUAUUUGAAGUCCUGGAA